AAAAACAGAUUUUACAAAAUCAAUUUUUGGUAUUAAUUGGAGUACAUUUAUUUAAUUUAUGAUUUAGUUAACAGAACUUGCAAAAUACAAAAUCCUAACUACGCUCGGUGUCUGUAAACCACUCACCUAACAUUACCCGAGCAAAACUUAAAUUCAUUUCUCAAUCUUCUUCUUUCAACAAGGACUGUUCAUUUUUUUUUUUUCCUACCUGCAUAAAGGGUAUGGAGGAGUAGAGAGAGGAGAUCAGGUAAAGAAAGAGAGGAGGUUCUAGGGUUAGGGUUUGUGUGGAAGGAGAAGGCAGAGUCCCAAACCUCCACCACCGCCACUUCAAUAAACCCACUAGCCAGUACAUACCCGUGGAAAUGGAAUUGGUUUUCCGAAACUCCCAAAAUGAAAACUUACUUAAUCUUCUCCACCACUAUUCUAUUCUCUCCUCUUCCUACCAGGCCUCGACGUCGAAAAUACGGCCGUGGGUGACCAAAUUGAUUCAGAGAGCUAGAAUAUACAAGCUGGACAAGGGCAAGAAUAACUGGGAAAGUGGAGUCACUGUGUUCUUCAUAUCUCAAGGCAUUUGUCAUAUUUAAGGAAGCAACAAACCAACGGUGAAAGAGCACCAAGAAAAUGUUCUCUCAACUGCCCUGGAGUUAAUCUUGCGAUCUGGUUCCACGGUAUCAGUGGAAAAUAAAGAAGGAAUGAUCUUCAAUGGUGACCGUUCAAAAACUGUCCAGUAUUUGCAAGCUCUGGACGAGAUUUUACAGUGGACGGAGUUGAGAACAAGCUCAGAUGUUCAGAUCAAAGCCAACGGAGCAAUCCAGAUUGCAAUGGCUCGGCUUGAGAAAGAGUUUGGGAUUGUCUUGUUCAGCCUCACCAGUUCAAUGGAUACCGAUUCAAGUCAGUGUUCGAAUUCUUCAAGUUCCAUAACAGGUGAUACUAGUAGUAGCUUGGGUAGUACUAGUAGUAGCUUUGGCAGUUAUGAUUAUAAGAAGUUCAAUAUAACUAUUAAGAAUGAUCUCCGGAGUAUUGCUGAGAGAAUGAACUCUGCUGGACAUCUUAUCAAGUGCAUUAAGAUGUACAAGAGUGUACGAGAGCCCAUACUGGACGCAAGUCUUCAAGGACUAGGCAUCCAGAAUUUAAGUAUCAAUGUCUUCCGUAGGUUGGAGUGGGAAGAGUUGGAGAUGAAGAUUAGACAGUGGAUGCAGGCUUAUAAGAUUUAUGUCGAGGUUCUCUUUGCAGGAGAGCGGAGACUCUAUGAGCGUAUCUUUAGAGGUCUUGGAACUGCCUCAAAUGAUAAUUGUUUUGUUGAAAUGAUCAAUGAUCGUACAACUCAAUUAUCCAAAUUGGGGGAAGCCAUAAGCAUCUGCCUAAGCGGUCGAUCAUGGAGUCCAGAGAAGUUGUUCAAAAUUUUAGACCUCCACAAAGCAUUGUCAAAAAAUUUGCCUGCUCUUGAUGUUGUUUUUCAAUUCAAAUCAUUAGAAUGUAUUAGGAUUCAGGCGGCAGCGAUAUUGCGUCAGCUUGUGGAGGCAUCCAGAGGCACUCUAAAGGAAUUUGAGAUUAGUGUGCUUCAUGAGCAGUCCAACUUUCAGGAUCAAAGAGGUAGAAUUAACACCUUCACAACAUUUGUUAUGGAUUAUAUUACUCAGAUCUCUUCCUAUAUGGAAACACUAACUAAAUUGAUCGUAUCGAAGCCGCCAAAGCUGAAAGAGAAGAGAAUAUCCACUGAUCUUUUGGGGCGGACUCUAUUGGAGGACCAUUUGGUUUGGAUUAUUGAAGUUUUACAAUUCAAAUUGUAUGGUAAAUCCAAGUGCUAUGAGGAUGCAUCUUCGGCUCAAUUAUUCAUGAUGAACAAUGUUCACUACAUUGUUCAGAAAAUUGACCAGGAACCAAAUUUGCAAAAGAUGAUUGGGCUCAAUUACAUGGAGAAGCUAUCGGAAAAUUUUCAGGUACUGGUGAUUGGCUAUAUGAGAUCAACGUGGGUGAGGGUUAUCGAUUGUCUGAGAGAUGAAGCACUAAAUGUGAACGGAAGUCUUUCUCCUGGGGUUUUAAAUUGUGCAUUGAAGGAGAGGUUAAAGGCCUUUAACUCUAUGUUUGAAGAGGUUUUUCAUACUCAAGCAAGAUGGGUGGUACCGAGCUUGCACCUCCGUCAGAAGCUAUGUGAUUCCAUAUCAGAGAAGCUUAUUCCAGCCUACAGCUCCUUUCUUGAGAGGUUCAAGAGUCAUAUAAGGAGGGAAAAUCACCAAGAGAAAUGCAUUAACUACUCGGUUGAGGACCUAAAGACUGCAAUCUCAAAUCUCUUCGCGGGCAAUGUGGAGAUGGUUCUUAAAUUUCAUAGAAGUAACCAGCCGCUCGUGAUAGAGCCACCAGAAAAUGUUGUCUCGGAAUCUCAACCUGCCAUGGAGUUAGUCCUGCAUUGCAGUCCAACUACAUUAGGAGAGACGAUAGAAGGAAUAAUCUUCAGUAGUGACCACUCAAAAAUUGACAAGCAUCUGCAAACCGUGGACGAGAUUCAACAAUGGACAGAGUCAGCAAUGAUCUUAGACAAUCAUAGCAAAGCCAAUUGUGCGAUCCAGAUCGUAGCUCCACUCGAGAAUGAGUUUCGGAUCGUCCUGAUCAGCCUCACCAGUACAAUUUGUACCAAUUCAAGUAAAUCUUCAACAGGUUCAAGUUCCAUAGGUGGUAGUACUACUAGCUAUGAGAAUUAUGAUUAUACAGAGUUAAAUGUAAAUAAAAAAGAUGAUCUCCGUAGUAUUGCUGAGAAGAUGAACUCUGCCGGACAUAUUGGGAAGUGCAUUGAGUUGUACCAGAGUGUAAGGAAGACCUUUUUGGACACAAGUCUUCAUAGACUUGGCAUCCAGAAAGCAAGUAUUAAUGACAUCCGUAGUUUGGAGUGGGAAGUGUUGGAGGUGAAGAUCAUACAAUGGAUACAAGCUGCAAAGAUUUGUGUUAGAAUUUUCUUUGUGAGUGAGAAGAGACUAUGUGAGCAAAUUUUUGGAGGCCUUGGAACUGCCACAGAUGAUGCCUGUUAUGCAGAAACGGUUAAAAAUCCUGCAAACCAGUUAUUUGACUAUGGAAAAGCGCUAUGCAUCUGCAUAAGACACGGAUCACGGCCAGAGAAGUUGUUCAAAAUUCUACGCCUCCAUAAGGAGUUGUCAGUUCUUUUGCCCGAACUUGAUGCUGUUUUCGCAUUGCAAUCUUUAGAUUCCAUACAGAAUCAUGCUGUAGAGAUGCUUCCAUGGCUUGCUGAGGCGGCAAGAGGGAUUCUACUGGAAUUUGAAGAUAAUGUGCUUCAUGAGCAGUCGAAUUUUCUGGAUAACAGUGGCACAAUUCACUCCUUGACUACGUAUGUUGUGAAAUAUAUUACUCAGAUAUGUGGCUACAGGGAAAUUCUGACUAAACUGAUCCUAUCGAAGCCGUCAAAGCUGGAAGAUGAGACAUCUUCCAACAAUCUUACUGUUCCAGAUAUGGAUUUAGCUGGAGUUGAGGGGCGAACUCCUCUCUCAAUCCAUCUGAUUUGGAUCAUUCAUAUUUUACAGUUCAAAUUGGUUGGUAAAUCCAAGUGCUACAAAGAUGCCUCUUUGGCUCAAUUAUUCAUGAUGAACAAUGGUCACCAUAUUGUUCAAAAGAUUGAGGAGGACCCGGAGCUGCAACAGAUGAUUGGAGAUGAUUACCUGGAGAAGUUAACGGAAAAUGUCCGGCUGGCAGUAACUGGCUAUCAGAGAUCAACUUGGGACAGGAUCUUUCAAUGCUUCAGAGAUGAAGGACUAAAUGAGAGUUGGAGUCUCUCUUCUGGGGUGUCGAAGAGGGGGCUGAAAGAGAGGUUGAAGUCCUUCAAUGCUUUGUUUGAAGAGGUACAUAAAGUUCAAGCAACAUGGUUGGUACCAGACUUCCAUCUACGAGAAGUGCUUCUCUUUUCCAUAUCAGAUCAUUUGCUUCCAGCUUACAUGUCCUUUCUCCAGCUCUUCAAGAGACAUAUAGGAAUUGAAGAUCACCGAGAGAAAUAUAUUAAGUACUCGGUUGAGGACCUUGAGGCUGCAAUCUUGAAUUUCUUUUUGGGACGCCCAACACACCAGCACCAGAGGAUAUAGUGAGCGAGUGGAAGAACAACACCAGAAAGGUAGAACUUGAUCGAUACUAUAUUUUUUAAAGUUAAGAAAUUGCUUUUUAAAGUAUUGAAAAACUCAGCCAAGCGGAAGGAAAGAUGACCAAUAAAUAUUGACGAGAUGACAUUAUGUUUACCUCGCGUACGAAUAUCUAUUGGUUAUUUUCUUUUUGCAUUGGUUGAUGGGCCAACUUUCGGCUUGAAUAGCAUUUAAGUUUUUUAAAUCCUAAAUUAUCAAUCUGUUUUUCUAGAGCUCUCAAAAUCAUUGCAGAUCACCUCUCAACAUUGUCAAGUAUUUUGAAAAUCAAGUGUAGCCAGUCCAGAACUGGCUGGGCCUUAGUCUAAAUUGUAUAGGUUAUUGUUAUUUUCUCCUACGAAUUAAAGAAUGUAUCAAAAUAUGCCUUAGAAUUGCAAUAUAGUGUCCCGUAUGGUUUGUUAUUCCUUCUCUUUAUCUGCUGUACAAAAAUGUAGAAGUAAGAUAUGCCUUAGAUAUGUGUGUUUUGUGCACGAGGAGCAUAGCAAAACUAUUACACUUGCCUAGAGUUCAGGUGCACAUUAAAUCCAAGUAUGGUAUUUCUAAAUUUUGUAAUUCAUGGUCUUCUUGUAUAUCUUGGGCCAGUUCCUUCUUUAAGGGUGCCCCAUUAUUCUCUUAAUUGGAUCUCUCCACACUUGGCUAUCAUUUUUGGUCAGAAAGGAACUGCAGGCAAUUUUCAGACUUUUCAAGUUUCAGGGGGUUGCUGAUAAUUCAGUUAAAAAGUCCAUACAGCACAGUUGGAAGCUUCCAGAUCGCAUUUUCAACAGAUUUCAGUAAUUCAUGCAUCUUAGCUCUGUUUUGGUUCUCUGUGAUUCUAGAACCUCUUCAUAAUAGUUUGCUCUACGAGAGCUUUGCUUUGGUGUGCUGGUUUUCUGGUUUGUGAUGGCUCAUAGGUACUGCUUUUGUGUUUGCAAGUCUCUUCUCCCUUGAUUCUGUUUGGUUGUUUACCACAAGGGAAGAACUGGUUCUUGUUGGAGUUCCUUGCAUUUCGCUUGGCAUGAUUUUCAGGGUUCUCUUUGGUGGUGCUUUGAUUUAAUGUGGAGAUUCUAGGGUGUUAUUGGGUCCUUGCUCAAGGGCAUUGAUCCAUCAUUUGUAUGUAUUUUAGCCUUUUUUCUUUUAAUUAGAUUUUGUUAAGAAUGCUUUGAUUUCACACGUGUAAUAUGGAGGUAUGCCUUCUUGACCUUGUACUGGUUGUUGAUCAAUUUUAUUUCCUUUGCUUUCUUGCCAUA